AUGCCUUCAUGCAAUAUAACCCACAAAAGAUAUCCUUUUUCGGUUUGGCCGCAGUCUGGUGUCACAGAGGACAAGUAUCCUCUUUCGGUAUUAUAUAUAGCUAAGCCGCAGUCUGUAGCACGAGAGUACUACUGGAGGAUGACAUGUAAAAAGCUCCACGACCACCCGCCUCUUUAUAGAUAAAGACGAGUAAAAAUGAAUUCUUCAUUAAGACCCCCCUUCAUUUGUAUUUGAGAUGUUGAGAUAUUCCAUUUUUAUAGAUCAUGUAUCUAUUAGUCGUUCUCGUUGUCCAUCCUUUUCUCCUUUUUUUUCCUAGGUAGCUUGCACGCAGGCGCAUGGUCCGAUAUGGCAGUCGACAAGUUGCGCAGAGAGGGCAAAUUGCAGGAUGGAGAUCCGGCUAAGGGACUCUGAGUUUGCUGGAAAAGUAUGGUGUUGUCACGUAAAAACUGCACGUCGUAGUAAAACUACACGAAAACAUAGUACGGAGGUCUUUUCAUUCUGCAUUAACUAAACCUCAAACUUCGAGAACGUAGUCCUCUAUCAAUAAAAGUAACGUAGUCAAACAGUAAAAAGUCAUAACGUAACUCACAUCAACUAAAAGUAAAAGGAAACGUAGUAACAUUCACGAUCCAGUAGACGACCUAGCUAGUAGUUAGGUUUUGUGAAAUUAAUUUUUAUGUCGGUUUUGCGAAUCUUCAGUAGUAAACCUAGUAAGUACAACUAUUCAUAGAGAAAGCAAGAACGUCAAGUCGAAGUUUACACUUGCCUAGUGAAAUUAAAAAGAUUCAUGAUCAUGAUCAUGGUUGUCUAUCAUCAUAGGUUCAUGUCAUGCCAUCCACUCACAUUAUUUCAUGAAACCAUCAUGCACCCACAAAGACCCCCCUUCAUUGAAUUUUGUCAUGUCAUAUCAUGCACAUUCUCUUUGUUCUCAUUCGAUACAUUUCAUUCUUCGACGCGAUUACGUUACCUAUUUCAUAAUACGACCAGCAUCAUGAUACCAGCACAAAAUUCCUAGAAUCUUCUAUCUUCAGACCAAAUUUAACACAAGAUAUAAAAAGGACCUGAAGCUGAACGCAGAAUGCAGAUGCACAGUCAAAUGCAGCGACAAAGAUUUUUGCUUCCGCAAAUCAUUCUAGACGACCCUUUUUUAGCGUUGCUCGUCUGCAAUACUACGCCAGUCUACUCCCGUUGUAGUACCUUUUCAUCAACCGAUUUCAAUGAUUGAUGCUCAUGUCCAGA